GCUUCUUGAUUACGUAUUGACUGCUUAAUUAAUUGGUGAAUAAGAAUAAAAGAUGGAACAUUUAAAAUGAAACUGAAGGAGAUAAUGUGAGAUGAUUUUUGGGUUGUGUUACGUCGGCGUAAUUCGGCUCUUGGAUUGAGUAUUGUAGCUCGCGCAUACGCGCCAUGGUUCAGGCCACGAUCCUCCCUUUCUCCUGUGACGAUCCCGAGAGUAACCGCGGAACGGAUGCUACUCUCAAUGCAAGACGUUCCUGUCUAAAUUACGAUUUAGCUGCCAAACAGUAUUAAGUAUGACGAAAAUUUUCUCCCAUUCAUCAUAUGAAUUUUUAGAGACGUGAAUGAGUUAUCUUAUUAUUAUUUUACUUCACCAGAAAGUUUAUUGUGUGCUGUGGAGUUUUAAGUUUAUUCUUUUAUCAUAGUUUAAAUUCUUCUGUUGAUCUUGUAAUCGCGCUAUCGAGAAACGCGCCAAGAUGAUCUGGACUGGAACGUGAUAAUAAUAAAUAAACAAUAGAUUAAAGAUAUUGACGAUAAUUAGUCCAAUCAUUAUAAUAAAUAUUAUAACAACAAAUAACAGUAAGAUUUAUUAAUAAAUAAAUGAUUUUAAAUACUUUUCAAUCAGUAUUUUUCAGGCGAUUAAGUCAUCGCCUUCAGAAAUGCCAAGAUGACAAGGUAUUUUCACGUCGAGUGACGACAAGUUGAAUUUCCGGAACCACAGGAUGUCGUCGUGUGACAUUUUAUUAAUAAUUUUGCUUGUUCACCUGAAGUAUUUUACUGCAUGGGGUUAUAUAGAGUCUACUCGUAAUAACAUAUCUGAUAAGCUGGAGAACGUCACUCAAACUAUUUCUAGGAUACUUGACGGUUAUGAUAUCCGAUUGAGACCGAAUUUCGGUGGUGAACCACUUCAUGUAGGAAUGGAUCUAACGAUUGCGAGCUUUGAUGCAAUAUCUGAAGUGAAUAUGGAUUACACAAUAACAAUGUAUUUAAAUCAAUAUUGGAAGGAUGAACGAUUAGCAUUUUCACAGGAAAAUGAAGUCCUUACAUUGAGUGGUGAUUUCGCGGAGAAGAUUUGGGUACCGGAUACUUUCUUCGCGAACGACAAAAACAGCUUUCUUCACGAUGUGACUGAACGUAACAAACUGGUCAGAUUAGCAAGUGAUGGAUCUGUCACAUAUGGUAUGAGAUUUACCACAACGUUGGCCUGUAUGAUGGACCUUCAUUACUACCCUCUUGAUUCCCAGAACUGCACAGUCGAAAUCGAGAGCUAUGGUUAUACAGUCCUUGAUGUGGUCAUGUAUUGGAAAGAGACACCCGUUCGUGGUGUUGAAGAAGCAGAAUUGCCGCAAUUUACAAUACUCGGAUACGAAACGAACGACCGGAAAGAACGUCUUGCGACAGGCAUCUAUCAAAGACUAUCAUUGAGUUUCAAACUUCAGAGGAAUAUUGGUUAUUUCGUCUUUCAGACUUACUUACCCAGCAUUCUUAUUGUUAUGCUCAGCUGGGUAAGUUUUUGGAUUAAUCAUGAAGCCACAAGCGCUCGAGUAGCACUAGGUAUCACUACGGUGCUAACAAUGACAACAAUAUCUACAGGAGUAAGAAGUUCAUUACCGCGAAUAAGUUAUGUUAAAGCUAUCGAUAUUUAUCUUGUUAUGUGCUUUGUCUUUGUGUUUGCGGCGUUGCUUGAAUAUGCAGCUGUUAAUUAUACUUAUUGGGGUGCAAGAGCAAAGAAAAAAACUAAAAGAAAAAGAGAUAUGUGUGAUAAAAAAGUUGGAUCAGCUUCAUUAACGGGUAGUAAAACAAAUCCAGAAAUUCCUGGAACUACAGAAGCAGACAUUAUUGAGUUACAAGACUUGAGGAUGUCUCCAUUGCCAAGUAUUAGGAGUAGAUCUGGAUUGGCAAGUGGUUCUACAACACCUGCACUAUCAAAGCCUCGUGAUAGCUCCAAAUUUCCACCUAGUUUCCGGCCGGCUAGAACUAUGGGCUACAAUUCUCAUGGGAAGAACAGUGGGUUGAGAUAUCGUGGUCCUCGACAGAAACCAAAGGUACUUCAUGCAUUACGCAGAAGUGCAUCAGUACUCCGAUCAUCAUUUCCAAAAAUCAAGGAUGUAAAUGUAAUAGAUCAAUAUUCAAGAGUUGUUUUUCCUGUCAGUUUCAUAUUAUUUAAUGUAAUAUAUUGGACAUUUUAUGUGGUUUAAUGAUAAAAAUGAAAGAAUAUUCUACAUAAUUAUUAAGUAAACCACGUAAUUUAAGUAUUGAGAAACAAAAUGAAAUCAAUAAUAUGUCAUUUAAUCAAUAAUUUGUAAUCAAAUGGCAUAAAAAAUGUUCAUUACGCCAAUAUAUGUUUCUAACUAUGAAAGUACUGAAUGACAAAGCUGCCAUAAGAGUCAUGAAACAACGUAAAAAAAAUUAAAAAAAAAAA